AUCAAAUUUCUUCCAUUAAUUCGAAGCAAUUGAAUCACAAUUCGUUGCCUUGCAUGGGAUUGGGAUUGUAUUGGUUCAAAGAUGGUGGAAGAUAAUAAAGAUUAUAAAAAAAAUAAAAAUUUUAAAAACUGGCCCGAUCUGAGGCUAUCAAAAAUUCCACCUGUACACGUUACCCCAUGAUUCAUAAAGCCUGGAUUGAAACUACUGGCAGACCGGCUAUCAUCGGUCAUCUUCCUGAGACGUCCCCAUAAUGUUAUUUGGAUUUAUGCCGGCCGUUUGAGGUUCGGGGAAAAACAGAAGAAACUGUAAAAAUUAAAAUUCGAUUAUCUCAUUCUGUCCUUUCCUCCUCGUCUUCAGAAAUUAAUCUAGGCCGCUUCUGAUUUUGCUAACAAGAUUCGCCGGCGCGUGCUUACAAUCGAAUCAAUUAAAUGGGUCGCAGCGCAGUGCCGGUGUCGACGUCUUCCGCGGUGGGGCUGGCUGUAGCCGCUAUCGAGCUCACAGAAUCCUCCAGUUGGUGGCACGACAUCAAUGAUUCUUCGCUCUGGCAAGAUCGUAUCUUCCACGUUCUCGCUGCUCUUUAUGGGAUCGUCGCUAUUGUUGCUCUGGUUCAACUAGUCCGUAUACAACUGAGAGUACCGGAGUAUGGUUGGACCACGCAGAAAGUCUUUCACUUUCUCAAUUUUUUGGUGAACGGCGUUCGAUGUUUUGUAUUUGUAUUCCGCCGGAAUGUGCAGAAGGUAAAGCCGGAGAUUGUCCAACAUAUCAUACUUGACUUGCCAAGUCUUGCUUUCUUCACAACGUAUGCACUCUUGGUCCUAUUCUGGGCAGAGAUAUACUACCAGGCACGUGCUGUGUCUACUGAUAGACUGAGGCCAAGCUUCUACGUAAUCAAUGCUGUGGUUUAUGCUGUUCAGAUUGCUUUGUGGUUGAUAUUAUGGUGGAAACCCGUCCGUUUAUUGGUCAUCCUAUCUAAGAUGUUCUUUGCAGGGGUCUCUUUGUUUGCCGCCCUUGGGUUUCUUCUCUAUGGUGGAAGACUUUUCCUAAUGUUGCAACGCUUCCCUGUUGAAUCCAAAGGUCGGCGUAAGAAGCUACAAGAGGUUGGCUAUGUGACCACAAUAUGUUUUUCAUGUUUUCUUGUCAGAUGUAUUAUGAUGUGUCUUAAUGCAUUUGAUAAAGCUGCCGACCUUGAUGUCCUGGACCAUCCCAUUCUUAACUUCAUAUAUUAUCUGUUGGUGGAGAUAGUGCCUUCUUCGUUGGUCCUUUUUAUUCUAAGGAAGCUGCCUCCCAAGAGAGGUAUCACGCAGUACCAUCCAAUUCGCUGAAAGGAUACAUAUGGAGGUAACUUGAAGGGAGGUUGUCAUCACUCAUCAAUGCUUCUCUGAUUUCUUGGACGCUUCUUACACUCCAAGAAUAGUUUUAGAAGAUAACAGAAGCCUACCUUUCCUAUGUUUCCAGGGACAAGUUUAAUGUCAUGGUAUGUAGAUUUCGAAACGAUUUGUCAUUUGAUGAAUUGGUUGUCUAUGUGCUGUGUGUUUUUGCUGCGAUGUUCUCUGGGAUAGUGGCUGCUUUUCCAGUUCAGCAAUUCGACCCAUGAGCGGCCACUAUUAGAAGAGAACAGUGGUAUGGUGUAUCAUAUAGUCCUGAGUAUUCCUAUUUAUCACAUCCAGUUCAUAGAUACCAGCUAUCAUUCAUGUCUUAUGUGAAGCAUAAAGUGUACCUUCUUAAAUUAUCUUAAUGUCUCUGAGAGCGUAUAUAAUCCCAAGUUUAUAUCUGGUAA